AACAAGUAAUCAAAGUUGCAUCUGCGCCACCUGGCGAUUAAAUAACUGCUUUCCGUUUCUCCCUUUCCAUCUUCACUAAAAUGUCGGAGAUGCAAACUGUUGCACGUUCUUCUAAAAGUGGAGAAUCGCGUCUAAUAAAUGGGCACAGAGCAAAAAAAUUGCAAAAUUUUGUUUCGUAUGAUCGCGAUUUAAACCCGGAAGAGCCCGACUCCGAAAAAGUGGUUCAUCUCACAAAUGUUUAUAGAAAUCUUUUAACGGGCAUUGAUGAAGAUAUCAGUCGGCAAGGUUUAUUGAAAACGCCUGAAAGAGCCGCAAAAGCUUUUCUUUUUUUCACGAAGGGCUAUAAUCAAACACUUCAAGAUGUCCUUAACGAUGCCAUAUUUGAAGAAGACCAUGAUGAAAUGGUAAUCGUCAAAGAUAUUGAAAUGUUUUCAAUGUGCGAGCAUCAUUUAGUUCCCUUCAUAGGAAAGGUAUCUGUGGGAUAUUUACCAAACAAAAAGGUUCUAGGAUUAAGCAAGUUAGCCAGAAUAGUUGAAGUAUACAGUAGAAGAUUACAAGGAAGGUUUCUAUGCAAAAUUAUGAAAAACUAUUUUAUUCAAGAACGGCUCACAAAACAAAUUGCUGUCGCCAUUACCGAAGCUAUUGGACCCGCUGGAGUUGGAGUAGUAAUUGAAGCAACGCAUAUGUGCAUGGUGAUGAGGGGUGUGCAGAAACUCAACUCUAAAACGAUUACGAGCACGAUGCUGGGAGUGUUCAGAGAAGAUCCAAAGACGAGGGAUGAAUUUUUGGCUUUAACCAGGCAGUAAAAUUGGUCCAAACAAAUAACUGUUACACGAUUAAAGAGCCUAUAAUUAUCAAUUAUCAAGCAAUGUGUUUUUAAAAAUAUAUUUUAUGUUGCUCUGUGUUAGCUGAACGCGUACCUUUUAUGAUUGUAUUACUUUAAGUAAAAUGGAAAAACACAAUAAAAAGGGAAGGAAUUUAUGAAAAAAAA